CCAAAAGAUGAAAUGAAAAAAAUAUUUGAAAAAAUUUCCAAGGCUAUGAUGGGAAAAGGCCACACCAGGGUCUCAGUGCAGUGCAGAGUGAAAGUUAAGGAGCUCAGACAAGCCUACCAGAAAACCAAAGCAGCAAAUGGAAGAUCCGGGUCAGGGCCGAAAACAUGCCGCUUCUAUGCUGAGCUGCAUGCAAUUUUAGGGGGCUGCACCACUGCUACUCCCCCCUUGUCCGUGGAUUCCGAGGUGGGGGUUAUAAUCUCAAUCGUGGCUGAGGAUUCAGCGGAGAGGGAAGAUGAGGAGGAGGAUGAGGAAGAGGAGGAGGACCUUGCAGCGAGCACACAGCACUCCGUUAGCCCCAACAGCCAGGAGCUUUUUGUGACCCAGACGGAAUUACCCUCCCAGCCCUCCCAAGCCACUAGCCCAGACAGUGAAGCCAUGGAAGCGACCUCUGCUGCACAUUUUUCAAGCCUCCCUACUCCAUCCCGAAGGCUAGCUCAGAUAAGGCGGAGGAAGAAGAGGACGCGAGAUGAAAUGUUCUCUGAAAUCAUGGAAGUAACCCGCAAUGAAAGAGCUCAUCUGAAUGAGUGGAAGGACGUGGUAGCAAAGUACAGGAAAGAUGCCAGUGAACGUGAGGAUAGGAGAGACGCUCGAGAUGAGAGGUGGCGGCAGGAAGAUCAGCGGUGUAGGAAGGAAGAUCAGCGGUGGCGGGAUGCAACGCUGGAGCUGCUGCGUGAUCAAACUGAUAUCCUCCGACGUCUAGUGGAUCUUCAGGAAGAGCAGAGGGGUCACAGAGUGCCGCUGCAGCCCAUGUUUAACCACCCUCAGUACACACCAUGUUCCAUAUCUUCCUCACCCAGAUGUGUAAGAAUGCGUGGGGGAAGGCUUUGUGCAGCCGCCCACUCCACCCCCGUGGACAGUCCAACCAAAAGGCUAUCAUUACAUUGAAAUGUGCUUAAUGGCCUUUUCCUUCCCUCCUAUCUUCCUCCCAAACCACACCCGGGAUACCUUGUUAAUUCUCUGCCUCUUUUUAUAAUUACUUUUUAAUAAAGAAUACAUG